AUGGCUUCAAUCAAACCCUCAACUCGCUAUGCUAACAGCCUUAACAGCUCCACAAAAUCUGACCCUUCUUCAUCCACCGAGUUCCCAACAUCACGCACCACCUCGCGCGCCGUCACGAAAGCUACCUCCAAUAAAAACGUCACUGCCACCGACAACAUUAAUCUGAGCUUCAUGGUCAAGAAAUUUAUGGAAAACAAGAAGGCAAAGAAUUCAAGUAAAGACCCAAAAUUCAUUGUGGCAGCUGAUUUUUUAGCCGAGGAUUUGAAAAAGAAUAGUGCCAAGAAGGCUACCGGAUUAAGUGGGCUGCACAAGAAGUUAUUCAAGGGUUCAUCAGGGGCAAAAAAGGGAGAUGAAAGCUCGAAGAAGGCGUUGACUGAGGUCAAAGGAAAUACAAGGACUUUGGCUAUGGUGUUGAGGAGUGAGAGGGAGCUGUUGAGUGCAAAUAAGGAGCAGGAGCAGCAGAUAGCUGAGCUCAAGUUUGCUACUUGA